GUAACGCCUCCUUGUCGCCUUAUGUUCGGUUCCAAAGUACAACUAAACUCAGGUUAGCCACAUUAUGCGAAAGUUCACCGUGUCAAAGGCUUUGUUACCGAACAAGUCUUGCAGCUUGCUUCCUACCGACUGUUAGUUUACGUUUGGCGGUAACACUAACGAUAUAAAAGUGUGUAUACAAGAGGCAAAAUGAGUGCAAGAGGAGAAACAGCCGAGGAAACCGCUAAAGCUUCAGUUCCCAUCCAGGCUCACGUUAUAGACCAACCGAAAAGAAAGAAAAUUAUUAACAUUGUUUACCUCAUCGCUACUUUGGACAUCACAUGGAUGUUUUUACAGUUUUCCGUCACCCCUUAUUUGGCAAAGAAACUUGGUUUCGACACCUUGUGGCUUGGUUAUUUGCAAACCAUGGUUGGUUUAAUCCAGCUGUUUGGUGGUCCUAUGUUUGGAAGGUUUGCAGAUAUCUUCGGAGCCCGGGCAGCUUUGUCCCUGUCGUGUUCUGCGACAAUCGUUUUCUUUCUGCUGCUGGCCAUCGCAUCGAGUCCUGCCAUGCUGUUCCUCCACAAAGUCCCCACAGUCUUCAUGCAUGUUCUACCUGCAUCUCAGAUGGUAGUUGCGGACCUUUCAGAACCUGAUAAACGGGCAGACGCUUUAUCCAAAAUAGGUCUGUGUUUUGGCAUCGGAAUGAUUGCAGGAUCCACGUUGGGCGGCCAGCUUAACACACGCUAUGGAGAGACGUUUACUGCAUGUGUUGGUGCUGUGGGGAGUGCCUUCAGUUUACUGUUGGUUUUAAAGUUUAUCCCAACAACUACCAAAGCUCAAGCUACAAGAACCAACAAAGAUAGUGAGAACAAAAGCAAGUCAAUAUUCAACGUGGGAGAGAUCACAAGACUGUUGAAGUUUCCAGGUGUGAUGCGGACUUUUGUUGUGAAGAUAAUUGCAGGUUUACCAUCAGGGAUUUUUCAAGUAAUGUUCUCAAUCAUUGCAAUGGAGUUCUUCAAGCUGAAACCCGAGCAGAACGGCUAUCUGAUGGCUUAUUUUGGUAUAACUUCAAUGGUUAUUCAGGGAGGAGUGAUCGGUCGGAUGACUGCGAGAUACUCUGAGGGCUCGCUGCUGCUUAUGUCCAUAGGAAUUUCUUCUUUGGUGGGACUUGCUCAGGCUUACAUGCAGAAUGUGUUCCAGUUCUGCCUUACCGUCAUCCCGAUGAUGUUUGCUCUCAGUACGUUUAACGUCAUCACAGACAGCAUGCUCACCAAGAAUGUACCGUCCUCUGACACAGGCACGAUGCUGGGGCUGUGUGCAUCCGUCCAAUCUCUUCUUCGUACAGUGGGACCGACGGUUGGUGGCUUCCUGUAUGUGAACUACGGAGUUUCCUCCAUAGGCUUUAUCCAGUUUGUCGUGAAUAUAGCCGUGUUUGUGUACCUGCUGCAGCGCCACUUCACAAAGACAGCCGAGCACAUGGAAUAAAAUAUUUUAGUUUUUUUAAAA